AUGAAGAAGACUUGCAUCGAUCCGAAUUCCGGAGAACUUCUCACGCGAGAAGAAUGCGACGUAGGUGUCUCAUUGUAAAUUCUCUUAGGAAACUUGAAAUAAAUUUCAGAGCAAAAUAAAGCAGGAGUUGAGAAACAAGAAAAAGAUCGACUAUUAUCACAUAAUGGCGAAAUCGCAGGAAGAGCACUUGGUCGACACGGAAAGCCAGUGUACGGAAAGCAACCAAGAGGCUGACGUUGUCGGAAUCAACAUUAGACUGGCGUUUUCUGCAGACGAUGGCUCCACUCUUCCAGGAGGACGGAAAAUCAGAAUUUCUUCAUUCAUCACACACAAUAUGGCGUCGUUCUGGCGGAAGACUGACAUGGAGGAUGCAGUGGCGAAAUGCAUUCUGCAGACCGCCAAAAAGGUAUUUUCCAAUACCCUGAAGUGAAAUGCUGAGUGUCCUUUCAGAUCGCCAAGAAGGACAAUCUGUUCUUUCUGUACGCGGCUCCGAAAAGCAAAAGGGCUACGACAUAUGUAUCCCUUCCCGAUGACUUUUUUGUUUCGUUCGGAGGUAAAUAG